GCGGGGCCUGAGCCAGUUUCUCCGGCCGCCGGGCUUUGGAGCACUUCAGCGAGCGCUCGUUCGCGGUCGGUGUCAGCGUCGGGCGCCGUCCAGCCUGCAGCAUGCCUGGUCCGACCCCCAGUGGCACUAACGUGGGCUCGUCGGGGCGCUCUCCCAGCAAAGCAGUGGCCGCCCGGGCGGCCGGGUCCACGGUCCGGCAGAGAAAAAAUGCCAGCUGUGGGACAAGGAGCGCAGGUCGCACCACCUCAGCGGGCACUGGGGGCAUGUGGCGAUUCUACACGGAAGACUCACCUGGGCUCAAGGUUGGCCCUGUUCCAGUAUUGGUUAUGAGUCUUCUGUUCAUCGCUUCUGUAUUUAUGUUGCACAUUUGGGGCAAGUACACUCGUUCAUAGAUUCGGCUACAUCCAUCUGUCUGUCAUCUGAAGAAGAAGGAAAAAAAACUCAACAUAUCUUGGACCAAAAGCAUAGUGAUUUCCUGUUAGUGAGAAAGAAAUAUUCUGUUAGCUUAUUGUUUUGCAAGGAACUUAACACGAAUUGGUUUUAAGGAAUCAGUUUUUUUCUAUGGCUAAUAAACUUUUUAAUUCAUUU